UCAUAUAAUUCGUUCAAAGAUGGCAGCUUCUAUGGAUGACAUGAAAAAACUGAUGAAGAAAAGGGAUGAAAUCGAAUCAGAGAUAAGAGCUCUUCAUGAAGUUUUAGAUUCGCAAAAGGGGAUUGGAAUGAAUGAGCCACUAGUAGACCUGGAGGGUUACCCUAGAGCAGACAUCGAUGUGUACACAGUGAGACAUGCCAGACAUACACUGAUAUGUCUACAAAAUGACCAUAAGGCUCUGAUGAAAGAAAUUGAGGAGGAACUUUAUAAAAUCCAUGCAGAAGCUCGUCAGAAGAAGGGAGCGGGUUCAUCGGAGGAAACUACCACCCCUGAGGAGGAAACUCGGGCGAGGUUAUCUCCCUUCUUGAUACUGGACAAGGUGGAUGAAGACUCUCCAGCUCACACAUGUGGGGUGUGUGUAAAUGAUAAAGUACUGAAGUUUGGUUCCGUCUCAUCUCACAAUUUCCAGAACCUACAAAAUAUCGCAACAGUGGUUCAACACAGCAAAGACAAACCACUAUCUCUGAGGAUUUUAAGAGGUGACAAAGAAUUCAAUCUGUCUCUCACACCAAGAACGUGGAGUGGCCGGGGACUUUUAGGUUGCAGUUUGCUUCCUAUCAAGAAGACAUAAUUUUUAUCUGUUUUUUUUUUUUUACAUUUAUUUUGUGACUUACAAAUGUAUUAUAUAAAACAAUGCAAAAUAUG